AUGUGGCCGCCGAACGGAGUACUUGAAGAGAAGAAAAUAGGCCCAGAACAAGUUUGUUAACAAAUUUUUUGAGUAGCAUUACUUUUUUUCCUUUUUUUUCACUAAUAAGGUAAUAAAUACUUGUGCCCCAGAAAGAAUUAGCUCACGUUUUUCAGAAUUCAAAGCAAGUUUUAUGCCAAUUUUUCAAUUUUUUUUAGCUCUCAAACAAAAUUUAUCCAUUUCAGGACGCAUGGGAUCGCGCAUGGGAUCGCGCAUCUCGGGAGUUUGACGAGUCUUGCUCCUCCUAUCGCAAACCAAAGGCUCCUUCGGAUCGCGUUGUUUGAAUUUUAUUAUCUUUACUGGAAAUUAUUAUGGCUUCAGACUGACACAUCGGCUGAUUUGCCGGAAAUCGCUGUGAUGAAUAAGCCUUUCCGGAACUAUCAGAAAACACAACUCGAUAAGGAGAAAUCGGUAAUUUGAUUUUUGAACGAACAGUUUUUUUCUUCCGUCGCGAAUUUUGUAUAUUUCUUCCUUCCAUGCAGCAUCUUUGUUUUUUUUUUCGCUUUUUGCGUUUGUUGCUUGUUGCUUUCAUAGUGGACCUUAUGGCGGUUCGUCAACAAAAACUGAGAAAAAUCAACAUUCUAUGAUCUUUCAGAAAAGAAACUACAAUAAGGAUGAACGGGUUUUAUUAUUUCACCUUUUUGAUCAGAAAACUUUGAAUUAGAUUCGUUUCAGAUCAAUGACUUGAAACCCCAAAAAAACGUUAAAUAAUUCUUUACUGUUUUUUUCAAAUAUUUAAACAAGUUUUAUGUGAAGUUUUCAGUUUUUUAAGCUUUCAAACAAAAAGUCAUUCAUUUCAGAACAGAACGUAUCGCCCAAUUACGGACCAGGAUAGAUUACAUUUCUUCCCUCAACGGGUAAGCAGUACAAUUUUUCCGGAUUGCCGUGUUCAAACUUUGGUUUUUGUUAAAGGAAGUUAUUAUUCUUUCAGAAUGGAUUUCAUGAAGAUUGGUCGCCAAAAACUGAGAGCAAUCAACAUUCCGGGAUUUGGCAGCAAGCUCACUACGAUGAAGAAGAACGGGUAAUUCGAUUUUAAAUAAAAUUUUUUCUUCCUUCAUGAUUUCCAUAUAUUUCUUCUUUCCAGGCAGCAACUUCGUUUUUUCCGCAUUAUGCGCUAUAUUAAAAAAACAAAAAAAGUCAAUUGACUACGAUUCCAUGAAAAAUUUUGCUUUCAGAGUGGACCUGGUGGUUCGUCAAAAAAAACUGAAAAAAAUCAACGUUCGAUUUGGCAGGAGAACAACUACGAUGAGGAAAAACGGGUAAUUUAUAGCUAAUCUUUUGAAUAUUUUUCACUGCUUUCCAGAAACCAAAAAAAGCUUAAUGUGAACUUUUCAGUCUUUUUAACUUUCAAACAAAAGUCAUUUAUUUCAGAACAGGACGCUUCCUCGAGCUAAUGAAAUUGUUCAAUGUUACGUCUCGCCUAUUCGGGUAAGCAAUAUAAUUAUUCCGUAUUGACAUGUUAAAAUUUUGCUUUUUUUUGUUGAAUGGAGGUUUUUAUGCUUUCAGAGUGAACCUUAUGGUGACUGGCCAAAAGCAGCUGAGAAAAAUCAACCUUCCCAGAACUCUCAGAAAAAAUACAUGUAUGAAGGACAAAAGGUAAUGAAAUUUCUUAACAAUACUUUUUUUAAAAAUUUUUUUAUAUCUGCUACGUUUUCUUAAUUCCAGGCAGCAACUUUGUUUUUUUGUCCGGUUUCUGGGGUCAAAUAGAGAAACAAUCCCUUGACCAGCAUUCCAAGGAUUCCUACUGGCGAGAAUUGGGUGAAGCGGUAAUCUUAAAUAUUUUUAUCAUUCAUAUUCAUUUUGCACGUUUUUAUUUUUACAGGCCGCCUCUGACUUUCUCUUGGGAUUCUGGAAAGAUUUUGCGAAUCAAAAAAACUACAAGAAAUGGGAAACGGAUCAAUCGAGAACAAGCAUCAACAAGGUUUUUCUUAUUGGUUUCUUCCAAUUUGAUGAUUUUCGGCUUUUUAUUCUUUCUUCAUCAAUUUGAAUUUUAUUCCAGAGACCGGCCGAGACAGAAGCCUCGAAUCCUGUUCCUAAGAAACUGGUGAGGUUCCAUUUUUAUUUGCUAUAAAGCGUUUCACUCACUUGAAAACUUUUUUUUUUCUUACUUCUCAAAGUCUAUUCUUUUACAGUCACAAAUAACUUCUUUAAGUUUAUGAAGAUGUGACUAAGUUUUUCAUGAGAAUAUAAUUUGAUUAUUCUGAUCAAUUAAUUUCUGUUUGAGCGACAUUUUAUGAAACAUUUUCAGCCAUGCUUGCCUGGACAUCAACAGUUUCCUUAUCGACUUCAACAAGUGCAGGGUGAAGACCGUUGGAUUGAACAAGACAAUCAGGUUUUGAACAGAAUUUUCACCUUGAAAAUGUUCAGCCGUGAGCAAAAUUUCAAAUGGGAGAACUCGGAGCCAGAAGAAGAAAAUAGGCCAAUGUAGGCUGAACCUUCUCAAUGUUUCUACCUAUCGAUAUUUUGAUCAAUAAAUGCUGAUAAUCCCGGACAUUUGCAUCUGUUAAGAAAAAACUUAGCUCUGUUUGCUUCUGAGACAAUUUUCAGUGACACCUUCAGUUUCAGUUUUUCAUGAGAAUAAAAAUAAAGAUUGUUCCGAUUAACUUAAUUUUUUGAGACGACAUCUUAUGUGAAAUUUCAGUCAUACCGACAUGGACAUCAGCACAAUGCUUUCCAACCUCAACAAACGCAGAUUGAAAACCGUCGGGUUGGACGAGGCAUUCAGGUUUUAAAUCGAUUGUUUUUUUGGCAUGAUGAUUCCAGUUUUAUUCCCAGCAAGGGUAAAGUAUGUGUUCGGUGAAAAAUUAUGAACCAAGCGUUUACUUUUUUGAAGAAAGAAGUCCGUAAUUUGCGAAUUAAUUUGGAGAACCCUCAACCAAAAAAAAAAACUCAACAAUAUUUUCUUGUAAUUCUCGAAUCAAAAAUUGUUUGUCUCUUUUCUCGAUGCAUAGCAAACUAAUUUUCCUUUAUCAACAGAGUUUCGAAGAAAUGCAAUCAAUGGCCUUUCGUGGAGGUUUGCGCAAACCUGAAUCCGCUUUCUGGAAGUGAGGGAACUCAGCAACGAACGUCGGGAGAGUAAACGUUUCAACCAAAGAAAUUUUCAGUAAGUGAACUUUUUUUGAUUUCUGGUUAUCUCAAAAUUCAACUUCUCAGAAGAUAUCAGACAGUUUAACUGAAAAAAAGACGAAAACAGCAGAAAAAAUUGAUUUCUCACCGGAAGCCGCAUCGCGUGCGCAAGGCGUUCCCUUCCUUAUUAUGCACAUAUGGACUAUCAUGUCGGAGGAAAAAGUGACUAUAAUUCAUUUUUUUGCAAAAAAAUAAUUCAUUUUUUUAUCAGUAGCCCUAUUUCUCUUUCACUGUGCUGGUGAAGGAUAAAUUUGAAAAUCUUUACAAAGUUACUCAAAAAAACCUUUGAAAAAUAAUGGAAAUUUUAAAUUUCAUUGUCAAAUACGAUGAGUCUACCAAAGAAAAAAAUAAAACUAUACGUCCUUCUGAAUUUACAAAUGAGACCAAAGCCAAAGUAUGUGUCAUUAAAUAUAAUGUUACAAUUGGUUGAUUUUUAACCAAACAUUUUUUUCAGAGUCGCCACAGCCCAGAACGAACAAAUUACAUCGAUGUUGA